UGAGGAAAGCUGCUCACUUUCCCGUUGGCGGACGGCCCUCUUCCCCCUUCGGCUCACGUCUCUGCGCCUCCACGCGACGGUCCUUUCCCCGUGCUGCCGAACGGCCCAACGUGUUCGGCGAAGAUGGCACUCUACAAUUUCAAGAAGAUUAUGGUGGUCCCCACCUCAAAGGAGUUCAUCGACAUCACGCUGUCCAAGACGCAGCGCAAGACGCCCACGGUGGUGCACAAGCACUACCAGAUCCACCGCAUCCGCCACUUCUACAUGCGCAAGGUCAAGUUCACGCAGCAGAACUACCACGACCGCCUCACGCAGAUCCUCACCGACUUCCCCAAGCUGGACGAUAUUCACCCGUUCUACGCUGACCUGAUGAACGUCCUGUACGACAAAGACCACUACAAGCUGGCCCUGGGCCAGAUCAACAUCGCCAAGAACCUCAUCGACAACGUGGCGAAGGACUACGUGCGGCUGAUGAAGUACGGCGACUCUCUGUACCGCUGCAAACAGUUGAAGAGGGCGGCUCUGGGGCGCAUGUGCACCAUCCUCAAGAGGCAGAAGCAGAGUCUGGAGUACCUGGAGCAAGGUACACACACACACACACACACACACACAUUCAAGAUGCCCACCAUCGACUAACCAAGUCCAGCUUUGCUGCUGUGUGGCUACCCCAACGUGGGCAAGUCCAGCUUCAUCAACAAGGUGACCAUGCUGGAGGAGUCCAGCCCGUAUGCGCUACCACAAGUCUCUGUUAAGCGGGGACACAUGGACUACAAAUACCUCCGCUGGCAGGUGGUGGACACCCCUGGUAUCCUGGACCACCCCCUGGAGGAGCCGCUCCCGAACACUAUCGCUCACUGCGGCUUUAUCACGGCCCAUGGGCAUGUACUAGCAGCUGGGAUUACAGAGGAGGAGGUUCAGGAGUCACAAUGUGUUUAUGAACAUGCUAACCUGUGUGCGUGUGUGUGUGUGUGUGUGUUGCAGCCUCUGAUUGUGGUGGCCAACAAGUGUGAUGUGAAAAAGAUCAGUGAACUGCCAGAGGAGAAUCAGCAAAUCUUUCAAGACUUGUUGUCUGAAGGAAUCCCAGUGAUUGAGACCAGCACACUCACAGAGGAGGGAGUGAUGCAGGUCAAAACUGAGGCGUGUGACAAGCUGCUAACGUUCCGUGUGGACUCCAAGAUGAAGGGCAAGAAGGUCCAUGAUGUCCUCAACCGCCUUCACCUGGCCGUACCUAACAAGAGAGACAACAAGGAGAGGCCUCCAUUCAUACCCGAGGGAGCUGCUCUGAGGAAAAAGGCCAUGGAAGUGGACGCCCCCAAACGCAAGCUGGAGAGAGAUCUGGAGCUGGAGCUGGGUGAUGACUAUAUCCUGGAUCUGCAGAAAUACUGGGAUCUGAUGAAUGCUGAGGAGAAACAGGACAAGAUCCCGGAGAUCUGGGAGGGACACAACAUAGCCGACUACAUCGACCCUGACAUCAUGAAGAAACUGGAGGACCUGGAGCGUGAGGAGGAGUUGCGUGAGCGGGCGGGCGAGUAUGAGUCGGACUCUGAGAGCGAGGACGAGGAGAUGCAGGAGAUCCGGCAGCUGGCCAGUCAGAUCCGAGAGAAGAGGAAGCUCAAGAUCCUGCAGUCACGCGAGAAGGACACCAUGGGACCACGCAUGCCCCGCACCGCCAAGAAGGUGGACAGAGCCACUCUGGAGAAGGAGAUGACUGGACUGGGCCUAGACAUGGAGGACAAAGAUGAGUCCCACUACGCAGAGGUGGCCCGGCGCUCUCGGAGCGUUGCUAAGAAACGCAAACGUGACGCAUCAGAGGCGCCCACAUCACGCACCCGGAGCCAGAGCACCUCUUCCAGACCGCCACGAGACCAGUCCGGCCUCCGAGACGUGAAGAUGGUGAAGAAGACGAAGCUGAUGAUGAAGAGCUCUCAGAAGGGCAUGAACCAGGACGGCCGCAAGGGCGAGUCCGACCGCCACAUCUUCAGCCUCAAGCCCAAACACCUGCUCGCAGGCAAGAGGAAGAGUGGCAGCACCAGCCGGCGAUAAACACACACACACACACACACACAUCUUCAGCCUCAAGCCAAAACACCUGCUCGCAGGCAAGAGGAAGAGUGGCAGCACCACCCAGCGAUAAACACACACACACACACACAAUUAAUAUUGACAGAUAAAACAUGACUAUAUACACACACACACAAUUCAUAUUGACAGAUAAAAGAUGACUAUAUACACACACACACAAUUCAUAUUGACAGACAAAAGAUGACUAUACACACACAUACCUAAACACCCACAGUAUAAAGGUGUGUGUGUGUGCGAGAUAAUCCAGAUGUGUCUAAUGAAUGCAUUUAUACGAUGGUGUUCGCUGUUCUCUGUGGAUUAAUUAAUCCCAUCAUGUCUGUGUCUAAUAAAUGCAUUUAUAUAUAUGGUA